AUGUCGUCCUGGUACCGUCGCUUCAUUCCGCGAUUUGCAACGGUCAGCGAACCGCUCACGCGCUUAUUACGGAAGAAUCAGCGGUGGGAGUGGGGAGGCGAUCAAGACCAUGCUUUCGAGCGGAUUCGUGCAAACUUAGUAUCCGCUCCGACCUUAUCAUGCCCCGAUUUUAGUGUUCCGUUCGAUCUACAAACCGACGCCAGUUCCGUUGGAAUCGGCCGUCGUUACGCAGAUGCCGUUUUAACGCAGACCAUCAAGGGCAGGGAAAAUAUUAUCGCGUUCGUGAGUCGAGCGCUGUCGGACCCCGAAAAGAAAUACUCGAUUACUGAACAGGAGUGCUUGGCGGUUGUAUGGGCGAUACAGAGGUUUAGACCUUAUUUAGAGGGCUAUAGAUUCACGGUGAUAACCGAUCAUAGUAGUUUGCGUUGGCUCCACCAUUUGAAAAAUCCGACGAGCCGGUUGGCGCGUUGGGCAUUGGAGUUGUUAGAGUAUGAUUACGAGAUAGUACAUCGUAAGGGUGCUUUGCACCACGUAUCGGAUGCCUUAUCGUGUGCUUUUGAGAGAGACACUGGGGAUGACGAGAGUGCUAGCGCUUUGUUGGUAGCUGCCGCGGAUAUCGAGGUUCCGGAUGCGUACGAAGAUAGAAGGCGAGUCCUGUGGGACUCAUGGAUCGGCGGAUCGCCGAAGCCUCGUGGACGGUCGUUGCCGCCGAUAUUAUGGGACUCUUUUCGCGUAGUAAGUCAGGUUCUCGUAAUCCAAGACUUGUUUAUCAAGUGGAUCGAAUGUCGCGCCCUGAGGGCCGCGAACGGAAAAUUGAUAAGCGAGGCCCUGGAGGACCUCGUCAUCUCGCGCUGGGGUACGCCUAGAUUCUUGCUCAUGGAUAACAGCACAGAGUUCGUUAAUAAAACAUUACAAGCGUUUGCCGAUGAGCGCGGCAUCAUUCUUACUACCAUCCCGCCGUAUCAUCCACAGGCUAAUCCCGUCGAAAGGCUAAAUAGGAUACUCAAAACCAUGAUUGUGGCCUUUCUCAGUCGUGAUCACCGCGAGUGGGACGCUUAUCUGAGGGAUUUCCGGUUCGCAUAUAAUACCGCUCACCAUUCAUCGGUCGGCACCUCACCCGCUUUUCUAAAUUUAGGCCGCGAAUUGGAGCCGGCACGGUCGUUGCGACGAGAGGGCCGAGGGGCGACCGGGGUGGAGCAGCGAGAUCCCGCGAACUGGGAGGAGCAUAUGCGGAAGUUGCAAUCGCUGCACCGUUGGGUUAGCGAUAACCGAUCAGGUCCAUCAGCAGCAGGCCCGACACUAUAA